AUGAUCAACACGGGGGUAAAAAGAGGAGCGAUGCUGCUAUCGGUGCUGCUCAUGACGGCGUUGCUCGCACCUUUGGCGUCUGCUGCCCCUCACGAAGUGGAAGAAAACGAAUUUUAUGAAGAGCUCAGCCGCGAGUCAGAGGACGAGCACGGACUUCCAGUGGAGAUGGAGAUGAUCCAACACCUAAAGUUUGAACUGGAGCACCAACUUAGUGCAGACGCGCCAUUUACGUCCCGUGGAGUCGUCGAGAUCGUAUCGAGGACGUCGUCUCUCAAGCCCCAAGUCUCGUUCUCGAUGAUGUCGACGCUGAGCAGCGAAGACGUGGCAAAGCUCGACAUGCUGCUACGUCAGGGUCACCACUAUAUCGUGCGUGCCAAGGCGGAUCCACAUGACCCGGCGUCGCCCUAUGCGAUGACGUCUGUACCCAUGUGUAUGCUGGCAGCCACGCAGAUGCGCGAACACUUUGCGUUCCACUUGUCAGACAAUGGCAAGCUCGUGGCUAUCGAGUACCUCACUCCGUACUUGGAACCAGAGACGUGUGCUGUGUACCAGACGCGAAGUCUGUCGGACGUGAGCCUGGACCCGGUUGGCACGGUCUUGAAACCUCAGCACGGUCCUUCACCUCCCAAGACAGUUGUGAUCAAGCACGACCGCGCUCCUCAGGGCGUCAAGCCGGUGAGAAACGAGGAUGCCAAUACUGAAGUCGAACCGGAGAGUCAGUCGUUUCUUCGCAAAUACUGGUAUGUCAUUCUGCCUAUGGUCGUGAUGAGCUUGUUUGGUGGCAAUGGAGGCGACGCUCCUGCAGGUGGCGCUCCUGCUCCCGCUGCAGCCGGAAGGCGUCGAUAG